AAACUCUAGUUUGUCUUACUAAAAUGUAGUCGAAUAACUAAUAGUUCUAACAAUUCUAUUAAAUAUAGUUAAAAACUAACUACUCCGUUGAAAUUUCGCUUGCUCCAGAGUAUAGUCUCCAGGUAUCCUCAUUUGGGAAGGAAUGCUGAAAACUCUUACUGAGCCAGAAGAAAUCUUAUCUAUGUUAACAGAACAUAGAGUUGGUAUCUUUAUCUAAUGCAAGCAGUAAACUUGCAAAGAGAUAACAGUUUGCAUAAAAAUGUAAAGAAUGCUGAAAAUGUUGCAAGACCUGAUGUGGCAAUCACCGAAAUGAAUAUGUAUUAGAGUAGGUUGCAUCCCUUUUGAAUAUGUAACAGAUUGAGCAACACUUUAAGGAUAAAUGGGGAACGCGAUGUGACGGUCUUUGGAACCAGAUUUGGGUGUGCAUACCCCUGGUUCCCGGGGCCUCGAAAUAAAGCACCACAUAUAACCUUCUUCGUUAUGGUUAUGUGUUUGUCUCUACGCUAACAGUUUUGGCGACCCAGGUGGGACCUCGCGGGCAUUGCUGAGGCGGCUCGCAUCGAUCCCGCUCUGGCCGGCACCGAGUAAUUCUCGGGGAGCCAUCGACCGCAACCGACCUCUGCUGCCCCCGACGGACCGAGGAUUAUAUUGAUAGUAGGAAAUUCUUCGCUUUUGAAUGGGAGAACACGCACAAUGGACGAAAAAUGCAGUUGACAUGGACAAGGCUUCCACAAGGAUUCAAGAACAGUCCAACACUUUUUGGGAACCAGCUGGCAAAAGAAUUGGAAUCAUGGACAAUGCAGGAGAAAGUUCAGCAGCCUUCUUAGGAGCACCUGUGGAAGAUGGCCCUUUGGAACAUGAUUGUGUGGAAGUUAUCGAACACACUCAUGCAACAAGGGCUGACCUGAAGGACACCCCACUUGAACAGCCUGAUCAAGAACUUUUUACAGAUGGAAGUAGUCAUGUAGAAAACGGGACACGAUAUGCCGGGUAUGCGGUAACCACACAAAAAGGGGUAAUAAAAGCAGAGGCUCUUCCUGUAGGAACUUCAGCACAGAGAGCAGAAAUAGUAGCUCUCACGAGAGCCUUGGAAUUGAGCAGGGAUCAGCGAGUAAAUAUAUGGACAGACUCAAAAUAUGCAUUUGGAGUGGUUCAUAUACAUGGAGCACUAUGGAAAGAACAAGGACUCCUAUCUUCGCAAGGUACGAACAUAAAAUACCAAAAAGAAAUUCUGAAUUUGAUAACUGCUGUACAGUUACCCAAACAGGUGGCGAUCAUGCACUGUAAAGCACAUCAAGGAGGAGAUUCCAAAAUAGCUGAAGGAAACGCGUUAGCGGACCGGACAGCUCAACAGAUUGCACGACAGGUAUCAAAUAUGAUGGCCUUAAUACCCACGAAGGUAAGCCCUUUACAAAAUUAUUUAAUGCAGAAGCCGAAGUACUCGGAGGAGGACGAGAAAUUAGCUAGACUAAUAAAGGCCCAAUUGGGUUCAGAUGGAUGGUACCUAACUGCAACUGGACAAGUGAUUGUACCACCUACCAUUAUGCGGACAUUUUUACAGACGGAACAUCAGAAAUGUCACUGGGGAGCAGAAGCUUUAGUGGCGUAUUUAAAGUGCAGCAUAAUCUCAACACAGAUGUUAACAAUGGCAAGGUCAAUAAAUUCGAAAUGUGAAAUCUGUUUGAAGAACAAUCCGGUAGUUAGAAAAGGAAUAGAAAUGGUACAUAUCAGAGUGGGUAUGGAACCGGGUGAUUAUUGGCAAAUUGAUUUUGUAGAAUUACCUAAAAGUCAAGGAUACAGGUAUUUGUUAGUUGGGGUUGACACCUUUUCUGGAUGGCCGGAAGCCUUUCCUUGUCGCACCAACCAAGCUAAGGAGACAGUGAAAUGGCUGCUGCGAGAGAUUAUUCCAAGAUUUUGGGUACCCCUAGGCCUGUCUUCAGAUAGGGGAUCACACUUCGUAGCAGCUAUAGUUCAAGAGGUAAGCAAGAUGUUAGGAAUCUCUUGGAAUCUCCACAGUCAAGUGGACAAGUAGAAAAGAUGAAUCAGACAAUUAAGCGGCAGAUCAGUAAAAUAUGUCAGGAGGCUAAAAUUCAAUGGCCACAGGCGUUACCAAUAGCACUCCUAAGGAUAAGAAUUAAGCCAAGGAGUGGGAUGAUAGUAAGCCCUUAUGAAAUUCUUUUCAGAAAACCCUACGAGGCGCCACAACCUAACCUCAAUAUGCAUAUAAAAGGUGGGCAAGAUGUAUAUAACUAUGUGUUAUCCCUUGCUAGAACUUUGACGCAGCUGAGGAGUACUCUGGUUUGGAAUCGACCCUUUUCAUUGGAACACCCAGUGCACAAUAUCAAUCCAGGAGACCAGGUUUACGUCCGUGACUGGGUUGAGGAACCACUGAGAGAACAGUGGAACGGACCAUACCUGGUGCUGCUAACUACCUUUACCGCAGUUAAAGUGAAGGGAAUUGAUUCCUGGAUUCACUACACACGGGUAAAGAAGGUUCCCGGAGAGUGGCAAGCAGAAGUAACUGGACCUACAAAGCUGAAACUUACAUACCAGAAGGAUGUCUAAUUACGUCUAUGGGACAAUCAUAAUAAUAUGGUUUCUGAUGAAUAUGACUUUUUCCACAGGCACCCACCGGAAGAAUAGAAAUGUGAGAUAUCAUCCAGAACAAAAUGCCAUUCUGUCUUGCACGGUUUGAAAUCAGAAAGUGGAAGUAACAUCGGGAAAAGGAAUCCAAUUCGACAUUAACAAAGGAUUGGAAAAGAUAAUAGUAUCCCAUAGAAAAAGGCGAGAUAUAGAGCCCACUCCAACACCACAGGUAAUACACCUCCCCUCAAGGGACCCCGAGGAAAACCUAAUAAUAGGCUUAAUUAAGGAUUUUGCAGGAAUACAGAAUACCAGUAAAAUUACUGCUUGCCUUCCAGUUCCUAAGGCAGCGGGGGAACCUAUAAACUGGGGAAUAAUAACUUUCCCUCUGCCGACAUCACAGGGAAAUAAGACUGAGUGCAAACAAAUAACCAUAGAAAAGGAACGGCAGGUCAGGGUGAAAGGGGAAUGGCUGCCAGAACAGAUUUGUAACCAGCUCGCAAACUCCACCUUCAUUACUAAGAAUUCAGGAGGAGAAUUUGGGGUAUGUACGUAUGAUAGAAUUAUCACAAAAACAGAGACACAAUGGGAAUGCCAAGAAAGACAAAAACAAUUAGAAUGGGAAACCAUUUGGUCAACUAAUAUCUUGCAAAAAUUCCACUAUGGUGGUAACACUUCGUGGUGUAUCAAAUGGGAGGGAAAGCAGGACGCAACAAUUCCAACCGAAACCCUUUUGGCCAAUAAUGGAGUUAGUCGAGAAGUGAUACAAAACGUACCUUGGUGGAAUUGUUCUGAAAUAUGGGACUGUGAUUCAAACCCAGAUGAAAUAACAAUACCCCCCGUAAGAGUGGCUUUAAAGGCUGGGUGCGCCUGCCGGGGAUACAAAAGUGGAGGACAGAUGAUCCCCUAUCAUAAACCAGAUUGUAAGUAUUCAACUAUUAAGAGUAUGGGAAAUUUUGUAUGGGCCAAUAGUGAUGGAACGUGGACUACCCAUUUACCAGUUACGGGGAAGGUUAAAGAAAUCACAUUAGGCUUACCCACCUUAUGCCCAAUUUGGAAACGUUCCCCCUUUAAAGGGAAACUGGAAACUCUACAAAUCAACAGAAUCAAAAGAGAUAUAAAGGAAGAUGAUACAUGGCAGAAGCCCUCUACAGGAGUGAAGGUAGGAUGGGCCCUUGAAUCUCUCUUUGCUGCUCCAGUAGCUACUUACCGAAAUAGAGACAUGAUUUACAAAUUAAUAGGGCAGACUGAAGGGUUAGCUAGAGUUACUAAAAAGGGGUUCAGAGAUUUGAAUAUGCAGCUCAAAGCAACGACAAAAAUGACUUUGCAGAACAGAAGGGCAUUAGAUAUCUUAUUAUUGAAGGAACAUGGCGUUUGCGGAUAUUUAAAGGAUCGAGUUGAUCACUGCUGUG